UUGCCGCCAUCUUCUGAAAUCUGCGAGGAGAUGAGCAGUGUUUACACUUUUGUCUCCAAUAAAAAUGUAGAUUUCAGUAUGAAACUUCCUGUACAAAGUUGUCAGUGAUAUCCAUUUCGAAGGGAGUUAUGGAGCGCCCUGAGUAUUUCUUGCAGUCAGAGGUAGCGCGGCUCGUUUUGGGGUACCUGAAGGAGAGUUCUCACCCACUCACAUACAAGUGUUUCCUGAAAGAGUGCAAGUACCUGGCUGAAUAUGCGGCCAUGUUGAAGGAAGGCAUCGAGUAUCCCACAGCCAUUAUGGGAAUCUCACUGUAUCAGCUGCUUGAUGAGUAUGCAGAACUUAAACUGAAAGCACAAGAAACAGGAAUGUAUGCCAUCGAUAUGGCUGCAGCAUGGAAACAGUUUGAUGCAGUGACGCGACUUCUUAAAAAGAAGACAAAAACACAAGCAUUGAAAACUGCAAGCUAUCAACAAGGCCAGCGGACGAAGCAUCGAGUUGAUAAAGCUCCAUGUCGGAAAGAUACUGGAGAUGUCGAAAGCAUAUAUCCCCUCAACACGGUUUCUGUCAGCUUGAGGAAAAUACAUGUGGACCCCUCAUCUUCUGGUGUCAACGUUGGUAGUUACCUCUCUGAGAUGACACCAGGUGGAGACAAUGCCCCCACGGUAACAAAACCAAACACAGAGAAACCAGCGACAAAGAAAAGGACAGGCAAACGUAGAACACCUGUGCAGAAGAGAGUGUCGCGAAGGCGACGGACUACAAAAAGUAGUGCUACAUUAGAGUCUGUGAUAAAUACUCAAGGGGGGUCGGACAGUGACUCAGAUGCUGUAGUCAAUGUAGUGGAUGUGUCAGGGAAUAUGGGUGUGUCAGGAAAUGUGGGUGUGUCAGGGAGUAUGGAUGUGACAAGGAGUAUGGAUGUGUCAGGGAAUGUGGAUGUGUCAGGGAAUAUGGAUGUGUCAGGGAAUAUGGACAUGUCAAGGAGUGGAAUAUUAAUAAAUUCACAAACAUCAGGAGUAAUGCAACAGCCCACUGCAGAUCCCAAAGAUGUACUUGACAUAGGAAUGUUUCAGAACAGUUCAAGUAGAAGUGAUGCAUUAUUGAAUAAAAGCACUAACUUGCACAGUAACUUAGCUGUGCUUAAUGAAGGCAUGCCAGAAAAGGUUGAUGAUGAAGAGGAUGUUGUGGAACUAGAAGUGGAUCAGCUGCCAGACCUCGGACAGGUGCAGCAGACAGACCAACAUGAAGUUUCAUUUUCACAUAAUAUGGCCGAGGAAAGCCCUGUUAAAAUGACGGUGGUUAGCCAGUGUCAGACAACUCCUCUAAAGACACUUUCCAUAUGUUCGGAGACCUGUGAUGUGAUCGGACGAUCUCCGAGGAGGCGAAAGCACCAGCCAAAGAGACGAAAUGACAACCAGUCACUCCGACCCUCAGAUAAGGAUGGAGCAGGUGCCCCGUCAGAGCAGAGGGACAGUUCUGGGAGUGAAAGCAGCAAGGAGCAGCCCAAUCUCCAAGCUGAUCCUUUUCCUAUGUUGCUGGAAAAGAUCAUGAAUGACACCAAGCUUCAUGAGCGUCUAGCUGAAACCAUCAACAAAAGCAGAUUUGCGGAACCCCCUCAAGCUUCAUGUCGUAAACCUGUUUCAACCAGCAUUAUUGUUGAUGACUUUUUUGGAUCACCUGUACCCCAACAUCUGUCCGAAGAUACUAUAGAUGGUAUCAUCCACAUGGCAAAAAGUGAUCCACUCUUUGAUUCUCUGAUCAAUAUAUUUGAGACUGAGGGUAACAAAGUUCCAACUACAACUGCUGGGGCCCUUGGCCAGACUUCCACUAUGUCAGAACACAUAGGAGACUCUGAUGGCUGCAUGGUUGAGCUGAGUCAGGACGGCUUCACAGCAGCGGAGUCCCAACCUGCCACGUCACAUCCUUCAUUGGUACCUGUUCCAUCCUCCUCCUCACCCCCACACACAACUCUCAGGAUAUUCCCAGUACCCCAGGGCCAGCCCCUAGUCCAUGUCCUAGCAUUAGUGCCAGUCCCUGUGCUAGUUUGA